AUGUCCCAAUCAGCAGCUUCUUUAUCAUUUGGUCCUACAUGGAUGCGCCCAAAAUCUUCAUUGCACGAUGAAAAAAUAUCCUCUCUUUCUGCCACCAAUUCACAGAAAGUCGAUCCAAGUUUUGAUGUCAAGGAUGCCUUGGCAAGCUCCAAAAUCAUUUCUCCAAACUCUGCAAGCACCAGAUAUUCAUUGAAUGAAAUGUUUGAUGUGUUGGACGAAAUGAAGGAGAAGGGUGACCUUAUACCCCAAAAUUCAGAUGAGCCAUACAAGAACCCCAAACCAAUGGAUAUCUUGCACGUCGUAUUGAAUGAAAAUGGGAAAAUUCAAGGCAGUUCCUCUUCAGUAACCAAUCUUGAACACUCAAUUGACAACUUAUCAUUGGGCAAAGCAGAUGGCACACACCAUGCUGGUAUCUCCAACAACAACAGCUGGAGUAAUCCAGAACCUCAACAGCCAAGUACCACCUCCACCACCACUCAGGAUUCAUCAGUGUUGAGUAAUGUGUCUAGCCCGGCUGCCCCUGCUGGCUCCUUACUCGAUAGGAUUGGUAGUAAGAAGUCGUUGUUGGAUUCCCUUAACUCUCCUUCUCAUGUUCCGCCUCCUCCAGGGUUUUUCAACAUCAGUCCGGAAAACAUCUCAUGGUAUUACUUGGAUCCUUCGAACCAAGAACAGGGCCCAUUCAAUGGCCCAAUGAUGCAGAAUUGGUUUUCCCAAGGGUAUUUGAAAUUGGAUUUGCAGAUCAGGCGGUCGGAAGAAACGGCAUACUAUCCCCUUAACCAAUUGAUGGCAAGGGUUCAAAAUUCGUAUCAACCAUUUCUUGUGCCUUUGCCCUCAGUUAAUCAUCAACCGUACCCGCUUCACGCUCACCCAGGCGGCGGAGCCCCGCAGUCCGCAUUCUUUGGCAGUGGUACUGCUACUCCAACCAAUACUGGGGGGUCCAAUUUCUUCCAAACCCAGGACACUUCUGGAGGUUUCAACUCCAAUGGCUGGGGUAAUUCUCAACGCUCCAAUUUGAUGCAGCCAACUUGGUCAACUAGACCGAUUGGUAGCCAGGAUUUUGCGUUAUCUGAUACCAUUCCAUCCAGAUUGGCGACUCAAUCGCCAUUGUACAACAACCCAUUAUCGGUGACCAACUCCUUUACUAGUAUUCAACCAACCCAAACCGUGACCAAUCCAUUAUCUGUAGAAAAUACCGGGGGUAGUAGUUUGCUUGCGUCUUCCAAUACUUUUAUGAGUUCCACCAAUAGUCCACUUGUCAAUGCCGCUACCACUUUCGAAACUGAACCAAAACAAUCUCUUGACCAAGAUCAUAUUAGUUCUCUCUUGUUGGGUAGUGUUUUGAAAGAGGAAGUUCCAACUGAUGUUGUUGGAAAAACUUCAAAAAAACCAGUGGAAGAAACUCCAGAAGAAAUGAUUCCAACUGGUGAACCGGUUAAAAAGGUUACUGAAAAACCAAAAAAGGAAUCUGCCAAGAAGACCAAGAAAGGAUCUACAGCAUCAAAAGAAACCAAUUCUGAACAUCAGCCUACUACUACUACUACUACUACUACCACCAUUGCCGUUGCUGAAACUCCAACUGCUACCAUUGAGUCGUUUAUUGCCACUACUGAAUCUUCAUCUACUAAGAAAGUGACGGAAACCGUUAUCGUUGAAAAGUCGGUGCAAGCCAGUAAACCUAAGUUGGCUCCUUGGGCUUCCAAGCCUGCUGGCGAACCAGCCACCAAGAAACAAUUGACCUUGAAAGAAAUUCAAGAACUUGAAGCUGCCGAAAGAGCAAGAGAACAAAAACUCAUUGAACAAAAGAAGAUCACUCAAAGAAACAUUUUGUUUAGCGAAGCUUUGAAGCACGAAACCACCGAGAAGAAAUCUACUUUGCCAGGAACCGCCGGAUGGGCCUCGAUUGGAUCACAAUCUAAACUUAGUGCUCCUGCUAAAACCCUUUUCGACAUUCAAAAAGAAGAAGCUGCCAAAAAGCGCGCUGCUACCAUCGCCAAAGCAUCUUCCGUCAUUGCUUCUGUUGAAAAAACCACGGUUAGUAAUGAUAACAGCUGGACUGUUGUUGCCACCGCUGCAAAGAAACAACAAGCACCUUCUGCUGCUUCUGCCACUGGUGCCGCCUUGAAGACCCAAUAUAAGGUGUCUGGCGCUUCUUCUUCGAAAUUGCAAACCCCAACCCAAUUGAGAAACGUUUCUUCCACCGUCCAUCAAUCUUCCACUGUGUCCUCAUCAGCUUCCUCAACUAACAGUGGUGCCAAUUCUGCUGCUAAUAAGCAACGUCGUGAAUUCUUGUCCUGGUGCCGUGGAGAAUUACAUGAUUUGAACAGAGGCGUCAACAAGGAAGAGCUUCUCCGUAUGUUCUUUCAAUUCCCUUGCAGCAAUGACUCUCGUGAUUUGAUCCAAGAUACCAUUUAUUCUUCAUCUAAGACUUUGAACGGUAGAAGAUUUGCCGAAGAAUUUAUCAAGAGAAGAAAAGGGGUGGAGAAGCACGUUGUCAACUGGGAUGAUGCUUUGAACAUGGACCCAGAUGACGAAGAGGAAGACGAAUGGAUUGUCACCAGCUCCAAGAAGAAGGGAAGACGUUAA